UUAUCUAUUCUAAAGUUGGAGGGGAAUUGGCACUGUUCAUGGCUACAGUAAAACAAAUGCCACUCGAUUUCAUCUUAUUUGCAAGAAAUCCAUCUGAUAUGGGCUGGGUUGGCCGGUAAUUAUUAAAGGUUGGGUCUUCAAUUUUAACUUAUUAACCCUUUCUCUUUCUCCCGCCUCUCCAUCUCUUUCAACCCUCACCAUCUUCCCCUUCUCCGUAAAACCCAGAGGCCGAGAGGCCUGAGUCCACAUCACGAUUCGCCACUCUGGCGAGCCUCGAAUCCAUCAAACAACCACUACCUCCCUGGACUCCCCUUUCUUUCUUUCAAUCGGUGGCUUCGAAGGUCACUGUGAGACAAAGAGAAUGGGUCAUCGGGAUGCGGGGAGAGAAACAGAGAGCGAAGGGUGGGGAUCGUGAACAGCCGUCGUUCCUCAGUCCAGAAAUCACUCACAAUCGUCUAUGCUCUGUUGUACCUUCAGAUGAGUCACUUCUUGCUUUUGAUUUUGGACUCAAAUAAUAUUUUAUUAUUUCUUGCAUUUAUAUCUGCUUGCAUGAUCAGAUGAGUCACCUUGCCCUUUUGAUUUUGUACUCAAAUCUUAAUAUUUUAUUAUUUCUUGCAUUUAUAUCUGCUUGCAUAGUCACUUUGUCCUUUUGAAUUUGUGCUCAAAUCUUAAUAUUUUAUUAUUUCUUGCAUAUAUAUCUGCUUGCAGGUUCGGUUUGUCAUUUUGAUUUCGUACUCAAAUAUUUAUAUUUUAUUAUUACUUGCAUUUAUAUCUGCUUGCAUGUUGUGAUUGAGAGGCCAGAAUUAGUUUACAGAUCUUUCUGCACUGUUUGGUUGGUUAGGUAGCAUGCUUUUGUCUUUUUUUUAAUCGAUUUGGGGAUUUUCUGCCCCUCUAUUUAUUCAUUUGCUCUCAGUUUUGUUUCUCAGGUUCCUGUGUUUUUCUGUUAACUGUUCAAAGGUCCAUUUUUUUCCGUUUUGUAGUUUAAAUUUUGUCUAUUAUUCUGUCUGGCCUACCAUUUCAAUUCCAAUGCUCUUAAAUUGUAUGCAUCUGUGUCUCUGUGUGUGCAUAUGAGGUUGUGCAUCGACUUCUCUGCUGCCUAAUUUUAAUGCAAUUUUUUUUAUUUCAAUUGUUUCAAGACGAGAAAACUCAUUAUUCUCUUAUUUUUAUGGAUUGCAGGAAACGUCCUGCUGACUUGGGAUUUCAGAUUAAUGGAACCUCAACUGAUUCGGUCCUUGGUGCUGUACGAACCAGCAAGCAAACUUGAAAUUAGAGUAUGCUGAAUUUGGGUCACAAAGACUAUCGGAGCUGAUCCCCAGGCUGCAAGCUUGGACUCUGUGUUUGUUGAUAAAGAGGGAAAUGCGAUCCAUGCAACUAUGAACUCCUGGGAUAUCCAAUUCUUUUCUGAGCAGCUUAAUGUCGGUUUUACUUAUGAGAUAAACAAGUUUCGUGUCAUCCGAAACAGAACUUCGAGCAAAAUUGUCCCUCAUAACGCAAUGAUUGAGUUGAAUAGGUGGACAACCAUAGUCCCUGUUGAGAGAAUUGGCCAAGUCAUCCCAAUGCAGUGGUUUAAUCUGGUUGAAUUUGAUCAGCUUCACCAAAAAGUUGGCAGAUAUGUGGAACUAACAGAUGUUUUUGGUUGUUUAAUGGCCUUACAACCAACUGAAGAGGUGAAUGUGCAAAAUGUUAGGGUUGCGAAAAAACGAAACAUGCAGAUACAAAAUAUAAGAGGAGAUCAAGUGAGGGUCACCCUGUGGGCAGAGAGUGCUACAGGUUUUCAGGAGGCUGCACUCAAAUCGCUGGUGCCGCCUGUAUUCAUUGCUUUGACUGCUCUUAAAGUCAACCAGUACCAAGGGAAACCUGUUUUAGGAAGCACAGGCUCAACGGUGUGCUUUUUUAACCCCGAAAUCCCGCAGCUCACGGAAUAUAAACAAAGAUUUCAAUACCUGAACUUGCCUGUUGAGAUUCUACCUAGCUCUGCUGAAGGGUAUGCAAAGCCCCAUGUGACUGCUGAUUUUGAAUUAAAGACAAUUGAAGAGUUGCUUCUCCUUGAUCCUACACUGAACAAAGAUACAAAAUUCAUGUGUAGAGCGACGAUUGUGGGUUAUGAUCUAAGCAAGGGAUGGUGGUACAAAUCGUGCCCCUCUUGCCACAAGGCUGCAAAGAAAAUGUCUGCAGACUUUGAGUGCUAUGAACAUGGGUUGUUGAAAACAUUGCCUGAACCAUGGUUCAGGAUAAAUUUUAUUGUGGAAGACAACACAAAUCAAUUCAACCUUAUGAUGAUCGGAAGACACGCUGAAAAACUUUUGGGUGUAUCUUGCCACUCCUUGGUCAUAGAAGAAGGGUACAAUGAUUCUUUUAUGCUGCCACAAAAUCUUAAGAAAUUUAUUGGCACCACAAAAAAAUUCCAGCUUCGAUUUGGAAAUCAAAACAAGGAAUUUCCCAAGACGGAUUUUGUUGUGUGCGGAUUAUUUGAGGAACAACCACCAUCUGCGACAUCAACUAGCUUGGUUGAACUGUGCACACCUGCUGCAAAUGCCGAGAAACAGAUUGUUAAUGAUGCAACCCCUGCCUCCUUUGCGCCCUUAGAACCAUGUGCUCAAGACAUCCAACUACCUGCAUCAAACAAAACUACUGUCAAAAGAGCAUUAUUCGUUGAAUCGGAAGCUGCCAAAAAACAAAGCAAAACAUGUGAGGAAAGCCAGCCACAAUCCACAAUUCUAGCUACAAUAUCAAAGGAAUUCACCAAGCCCGUCAUUCCCAAAAUAGAGCCUUCAGUCAAAGUUUCUGUAAGCGCACUGAGAAGUAGGUCGCAAACCAAAAACCUCAAACAAAGUGUUGGAGAUGUUGAUUUCCUAAAAAAAUGAUUUCUCAAGGAUUUAAUGGUGGCCUGGUGCAUGUGAUUAUACCUAUGUACAUUUUUUGGGCAUUUUACUUCAAAACUUAAGCACCACAAGCACCGCAAGCACUGGAAGAUUAUGUUUUUAUGUUUAUUUUUUGCAAUCGUUGAGGUGAUAACAUGGCUUGCAAGACAUGUACUUUGUCGAGUUGCAUGCACAGACAAAAUAUGUGCGGACUACAUGUUGCUUCAGUUCCUUAUGUUAAAACAAUAUUUUGUUGUGAUUA